UAAAUAAGCCGACCGUGCGAUGGCUUUAUAGCCAGUCAAGGUCGUUAAAAACCCCCCUAAGUAAACACUCUGAAGACCGCUGGCACAGGCUAGAGAAAAUUUAAGGUAGAAUGUAAUUCUCUUACAAGUGAAUCUUUGAUAAUGUCCAGAAUAAAUAUACAAGUAGGUGGACAUAGAGAUACAGUUUUAAUAACACUACACACCUUCCAACAGAAAGAAACUCUUUGUGAUGUCAAUAUUCAAACAAAAGAUGGACAGGUUAAAGGGCACUCAGUAAUUCUGGCAUCUUGUGCAAGUGCAGUAUUAUGCAAUCAAGUAUUCACUCAAAGAAACAAUGGUAUGAAUUCUAUCAUCUAUAUUAACUGCCCUCAGUUCACAAGACGUGACGUAAAUUCUGUAUUACAAUUUCUUUACCUUGGUGUAAUUAACAUCGACACAGAACAUGUUGAAGGCUUUCUAGCUUUAUGUUCAGCAUGGCAACUUCAAUUGGCUGCUUCAAUGAUAGAAUAUUAUUUGAAGCAAAACUGCAGGAAUAUAAACGAAGCUGUCAAUUGUAUGAAUCUAUCUAUGCAAUAUGAUUCAACCAAUCAGCCAUCUACAAACAGCCAAUCAGGAGUCAAUUGUAUGAAUCUAUCUAUGCCAUAUGAUUCAACCAAUCAGCUGUCUAUAAACAGCCAAUCAAGAGUCAAUAGUUUGAAUCUAUCUAUGCCAUAUGAUUCAACCAAUCAGCCAUCUACAAACAGCCAAUCAGGAGUCAAUAGUAUGAAUCUAUCUAUGCCAUAUGAUUCAACCAAUCAGCCGUCUACAAACAGCCAAUCAGGAGUCAAUUGUAUGAAUCUAUCCAUGCCAUAUGAUUCAACCAAUCAGCCAUCUACAAACAGCCAAUCAGGAAUCAAUAGUAAUGUUUCUGCAUCACUAGGCGUAAAACCAAAUUUGACUGUCCCAAGACUAGUACGAUCAACAAAUGGAACUACUCAGCUGCAGACCACAAACAGUCAACAUUUAACUUCCAAUGAAACAAUGGUGGACAAAGGAUCCGGAUCCUUCACAUAUAUAAAACCAAAUGUCUCUUCCUUUACAAACCAAGUGUCUAAUGAUGGAACUUUGUCAACAAAGUUUCCUCAGGAAUGGUCCCUUCGUCUGAAGGAUGGUUUACCGUCAGUUAACGGAAAUCAUGAGACUAUGGAUCAGUAUGGUAAACCUUCAGGUAAUCUUCUGUUACGAUCAGUACUGGAGAAAGAUGGUACCCGUCUCAGUACAAACAAUCAAGUAAAGUACAGCCUCAGUGAUACAAAUUUAUUUACAGAUGUUUCUCAGAUACAAACAGUUUGUCACGAUCGGGAACAAUCUAAUAUACUUUCAGAUACAAAAAUUCUUGUGGUAGAACCAAUUUGUACAGAACAAUUAAGCUCUCAAUCAACCUUAGAUUUGCCAAAUAAACCCUUGUUACAACUACAAUGUGAAGAAGAAGAACCAUUUGUGAAAACAGAGCAAGCAUAUUGUUCAGGGUACUCUUCAAAUUUACCAUUAGUACACACAAAGGGAGAUAACUGCUUAGUAAAUGAUUUUACUAUGAACGCAAUUAUGCUACAGAAAAAUGAAAUUCAAAAACAGGCACAAUCUAUACUUAAUCAGACUAAUUCUAGUCUUAUUGAUGAACAAUUUCAAAUUGUUGAAAACCAGUUUAUAUCAAAUCGGAAGGAGCAAAUGACAGUAAACGUUACAGACAACUGGUAUGAAUCAAGUCACAUCUUUGACCAGAUACCAGUCAAUGAUGCUUUAAAUACUUCAAAUUCUAAUCAGGAUCAAGCCCAGAUUAUUGAAAAUCCAUAUAGUUCAAAUCAUAAAGAGGAGGCUCAAGUUAUUCAAAAUCAAAACAUGUAUAUUGUUGAUGGUAAUUUAGCUUCUGUGUCAAACAAUAACAUAAGUGUUAUGAACACAAAAGAUAGAAAAAAUUACACAAAACUCGAAGAGUACAGUAAAAAAUUAAAAUAUACAGAAAAUAUACAGAAAAACUUCAUAAGGAAAAGAAAAAAUACCAGAAAGACCACUAAUGGUAAAAAAGACAAAUCUGUUAGAAGAAAAACUAAAAACAAAGUAGAAAAAGCUCUCUGUAACCCUACUGAAUCAGCUAUGAAAAUGGAUGAUACAAGUAAGGUCUCCCUGGAGUUAACAGAUCAUUCUGAAAACAUUGAUAAUAUAGAGCUAGCACGUCAGAUAAAGAUAAGGAAACAGAAAUGUAGAAAAUGUGACUAUCGUUACACUUCAGGAGACCAAUCUUAUAGACAACAUUGGCUAGAAAACCACCAAAACCAAUAUCAAUGUCAAGAUUGUGAUUGGGUUGGACCAUGGAAACGGGAUCUGGCUAAACACAUGUACAGAAAACAUAAUGAAACCGUAGCAUGUCCUGAGAGAUAUCCAUUGAAGAAAUGUACAUUUCAGGGCUGCAAUUAUACAACUCUUUCAUUAUUUAUGCAUAUUCAUGUCAAAGGGCAUGUUAAAAAGAAACAGACAAAAAGAAUGUGUGAAAUUUGUGCAGCAACAUUGGGCUGCGAGGCUUCAUUACAAAGACACAUCAAAUUACAACAUUCAGGUUCUAAAGUCAAAGCAUGCAUCAUUUGUGCUAAGAAAUUUGAAUGCAAAAUGGAUUUAAAGAAACAUAUGAUAUCUACACAUGGAAGUCCUUUUGUUUGCCACUUAUGUCCAUACAAAGCAACUGCAUCUUACAAUUUGGAUUUACAUCUACACAAGAAACAUGGAAUUGAAAUGAAAUAUAAAAAGUUUGUUUGUGACCAAUGUGAUUUUUAUUGCUUCAGAAUAAUUCAGCUAAAUCAACACAAAUUGAUCCACACUACCAGUACAUUAGCAUUGGAACAGUAUAAAUGCUCAAAAUGUAAGAAGACAUGUAAAAGUAGUGUAAGUUUGCGUCAACACAUACGUAAUGUGCAUUCAUCUGAAAGAUAUAAAUGCACACUUUGUGACUAUGAAGGGAAAACCAAGAUAGCUUUAAAAAGACACAUGACCAACAGACAUUCUGAUGAAAGACCAUUUGGUUGCCAUUUAUGUUCCUACAGAUGUAAAAUAAGAGAGAAUGUGCAUUCACACUUGAAACAUGUUCACAAACUGAAAGUUGUGACUAGAGCGUCAAUGUUUAAUAACAUGAUCAAAACUGGCAAGGGUUUUGAUCAGGUUCAGGAAAUAGACAAAAAUGGAGCACCUCUGUUGAUAAUGGAACCUGAAGGAAAUAGCAUGGAAGCACUAGAAACUAAGGGUAACCAGGAUAACUUGGACACAGAAGGUACAGAAUAUUGACAGGGAUACAGUCAAAAACAAUUGUUACCAUGGGAAAAAGUGACAUGGAAAGUGAAACCAGUUUAAAAAUUAGCAAUAUAGAGAAGAACACAAAAAUGGAGCACCUCUGUUGAUAAUGGAAACUUAAAGGAAAAAAGCGUGGCAGCACUUGAAACUAAGGGUAACCACCAGAAUAACUUAGCUUGGACACAGAAGGUACACAGAAUAUACAUUGAUAGGGAUACAGUAAAAACAAUUGUUACCAUGGGAAAGUAAAUGCACUUGGUAACCAGAACAUCAAAAAUGAUUUAAGUGAUGUGAUGGAAAGUGAAAACGGUUUUAAAAUUGGCAAUAUAGAGAUAUUUCAGAAGUAAAGACAUUGACAAGGGAACAGUAGCAAACAAUUGUAACUAUGGAGAUGUUAAUUCCAUUGGUAACCAGAAUAUCAAAAAUGAUUCUAGUGCCAAGGGAGAGUGAAACCAGUUAAUAAAAUUAGAAUAAAGAAAUACUUUAAUAUAAUUCUUAAAA